AGUCUUGUCGUCGUAAGUUUGGAUUGAAAUAGCAGAAGAAAGCAGGAAUAUGUCAUGACUGGCUCGGACCCUGAACCUUGGGUGUCGGCAAGGCCGAUGUUUUACAGCUAAUUAUUUAAACCUUUGGUGUUUUCUGUCGUGUCAACGUAUCAAGGCCCUAACAUGCAGCCUCCAAUGAAGCCAUGGGAAAGCGGCCCUUUAAAUCGUUUUGCGCCUCAGUCUAAUUCAUUAAGCCACCGAACUGUUUUACCUGGACGUUCUCCUGUUAUGCAUAGCUCAUCGCCGAACAUUCCCAUAGGGAGCACUCCACUUAUGCAGGCUUCCACCAGUGCUCAUCGCCCUCCUCCUCCACCAAGAAGAGCACAUGGUCCCUCAAGUAUUAAUCAAUCUGCAGCUCUUAGAUCACGAAUACCUAUGCCACUCGCAAGCAACUCAUAUGGAGGACUGACAGGGGGCUAUGGUAGUUACGGAAGCUAUGGAGGAUAUGGAGGUGGUUAUGGAGGCUACGGCGGAUAUGGCAGCUAUGGGAAUUAUGGAAGUUACGGUGGUUAUGGUGGUUUAGGCUCUUAUGGUUUAGGUGGAUACGGUGGAUUUAGCUCUUACCCUGGGAGUGGUAUGAAUAGAUAUGGGGUACCCAAUCCUCACGAUCCAGAAACUAGGUUCAUUCAGUUAGCUGAAGAAAGCUCCAGACCGGCAUUCCAGUCCAUUGAAUCACUUGUUCAAGCUUUCCAUUCCGUUAGCAUGAUGUUAGAUUCAACAUUCAAUGCUGUUUAUACAUCAUUCCGAGCUGUUCUGGGUGUUGCUGAAAAUUUUGGCCGCCUGAGAUCCCUACUUGGACAGUUCUUCUCUUCUAUUGCUUUAUUUAGAGCAUUUAUAUGGUUGUACAAAAAAGUUCUCUAUUUACUGGGACUACGCCGUGAAAAUCCAAGUCAGGAUCAACUCUGGCAAGCAGCUGUCCAAGCUGCUGGUGAAGACUUAGCCACUGCUACUGGUCGACCAAGAUCCUCAUGGCCUAUCCUUAUGUUUAUGGGCAUUGUUUUCAGUGGGCCCUAUCUUAUUUUCAAACUCAUGAGCUCUCUAAGCACAACUCCUGAAGCCACUGACACACCUCCUAGAAGUGCAUCAUGGAACCCAGAACAGGCGCCUGGCACAACAGCCACUGCCUUAUAUGGCUUUUCUGCUCAGUCUGAGGAGGAAUUAAGUUUCUACGCAGGACAGCGUAUCACUAUUGCUCCACUUUCUUUCCAAAGGAAAGAACUACAAGGCUGGCUUCUUGCGCAAGUUGAGGGAAGUCCACAAAUUGGUCUGGUUCCUUUUAAUUACUUGACAGCAGGCACUCAACAAACCACAGCAGCAUCCAUACCGGUGGUCCAAAAUGAAGAAGCAACAGUUAACCCCAGUGCCAACCAAAGUUCACUUCAAAAUUCCAAUCCCUCAGCUUCAGGUGAAGAUUUGACAGGCAACCAAACUGAUGCUCCCAGUCCGCUGGACUCCACACCAUCUUUGCCCCAAGAACCCAGCCAAGAGUGACUCCUGAUCUCGUACCUUACCUAACUAUAUUUACUGAAUUGUCUUGUUAAGUCCUAAAUGAUUGAUUAAACAUGAUUUGAUCAUGUUAAGCUGGGCAGUUUGUGCAACAUUCUUCGUACUGCUGGUUGCUUACAUAAUAAAUAUAGUAUUGUGUCAAAGAAUAUAGGACAUGUGGGGAGGGAAAUUUUAUGGUAUGAAAUGGAGAUGCUGUGGUGAAUUAUACUUUUUAUUUUUUUACAAAGUUA